AGGCGCGCAACCGGCAAAGGGGAAGCACUUCCUGAAUUAUGGGCUGGACUUUUCCUCUUACAGGUCCGCGUACCUGCUUGAUCCGUCUUAGCUGCUCUUUCUCCUUCAUUCGGCAGCCUCUUUUGCCCUGUGUCCUGCAGGUACUGGGAGGAUAUCGGGGCGCUCCUGAAGCCUAGAGAUGGAUGAGUCUUUGAUGAUACUGAAGAGAGAGUCACAUGUUGAUGCCCAGGAGGCAGCUGUCUCCGUGGUCUGAAAAGCCCGAUUGAGGCCAGGCUUGGCUAUGAGAGCUGGGAAAUGGGAGGACCUUUGAAGCCGUGGGAGAGGGUGAGAGCCACCAUCACUCAUGUUCUUGAAUGGGAACUGCCUGGAGAGCAUGAAGAAGGAGCAGGAGCCUGAAGGAGGAAGGAGGAGGCUGAGCCACUUCGGGAACAUGGACUGGAUGAGGCCAAGCCAGGAGAUGACACCAUGAAAUAGGAAGUCACCAUUCAGGAUUCAGGCUUUUCUGUGGAGCUCCUGGCCCCAGGAUCGAGCCCUUCUCCCUGCGGCCCCAGAACUGGAACGAGGAGCUGCAGGCAGUGAGGGACCUGCCAACAGGAACCGACCUGAGCAGCUGCUGCAAGGAAGAGCCAUGUUCAAGGGGCCCGAAGCCCCUGGUGAGUGAGUGACAGCGUCACAGCCUCAGGCCCACCUGCCUCCUGCUGGAAGGUUUUCUUGUGCACAGGAGGGAAGCGAGGGAAGCUGGUAUAGUCCCAGCCCUGUCAGGUGCCCUGAAGACCUUCUAGCCUUCUGUUUCCUGGCAGACCAUCCCAGCACCUUUCUCUGGCCUCUGUGAGACUUUGGGUCCCUGGAAGAAGAAGGCGCUGCCUGCUAUCUGGGCUGAGCAGCCAGAGCCAACCAGCUUCCCACCCUCCACUGAGUGCCAUGGGACCCUUCCCUGAGCACACGGUGCCCAUCAUGGCCGUUCUAGGGCAGGGGCUCAUUGACAUAGCACUUUCAGCUCGCUGGGGUUUAAACGUCAUUAAUGCUGUUUCUUAGAGAAAUGAGGACAAAAUAAUUGUUUAAAAAAAGUCUCUCCUAAACUUCCUGCCUAGAGGUGAUCAUGGAAGAAGUAAUUUCUUGGGUACUAACUUUACCGGGAUGAUUCCAAGUGCUUUACAAGCAUCAUUUCCUAUAAUCUUCUGGUCCCCUUGUAAAUAUCAGUACUUUUUGUCAUCGUUGUAUAGAUGAGAAACUGGGUCUGAAGUUACCUGCCCAGGUUUGCUGGGCACAUGACUGGGGGAUCCCAAACCUGCCCCAGCCCUCGUACUCCUUGUUAGCCACUAAGCUCUGCACCUCCUUAAGUGUUUGGUUUUUUCAAAAAAUGGUUUUCUUGCCCUUCUCUAAAUAUAAGGAAACUGAGGCAAGAGUCCCUGACUCCCAAGGCAGGCCUGGCUGCCUCCCCCAUCAUGGUGAGCUGGGCCAGGUGGGUGUAGCCUGAGGCUUUUGUGGGCAUGGUCUCUCCCCCUCCCAGUCUCAGCCCCUCCCAGGCACACAGCAGGUUCAGGGUGGCAGCCACAUGGGGCACCAUGGUAGUCAGGGGGGCAUCGUCAUGGCCAUCAGCCCCACUGAGGAGACCAAGCUGCAGAUGUUCAUCUGGAGCCACAUCGUCUUCAGCCUGGGCUUUGUUGUUAGUGGCCACUACAAGGACUUGGCUGGGGACGUGGUGGCCUCUAUAGCAUUCACCAUGACCUGAAUGGUGAGCAGUUGCGCAAGUGCAGCGGACCUAGAGGGUCUGUACACGCUGGACACAGCGGAGGUGGAUGACUGCGACUUUUGGGUCAGGUUCCAGUCCUCAUCCCUGGCAUCCUGGAAUGGGACCAGGAGCAGAGUGUCAUCUGUAGCUUCACUGACCUUGCAAGACGGUGGUGUGGCCCCCGUGGUGCCUGGAGCUGCUGGAGCAAGAGUUAACUGCUCAAGACUUUGUGACACUGUGUGCUCAAGCACUGUGAUGAGGAGGCGGAGCUCUUCUCGGUGAGGGCAAGGGCGUCUUUGGCAAUGACAGCUGCCACUGCAUUCUCUACCUGCUAAUCCCCCUCUCCCUGACCUCGGCCCCACAAGGGGCUGCGAGAGGAGUGCUCCCAUGGCAGCUUCCCCUGCACCCAUAGGCACAAAUGCCUUUGUGGAGCACACGUGAGGAGCAGCCCUGUGAGGCUGGAGCUGCAGCCAGCUGCACCCAGCUGGGGGCACGGGUGCCCUGGGUUGUUCUGGGGCUGAAUUGUUGAGGAGAGAAGCUCUGCUCAGUGAAGCAGGGCUUGUUCUGACCACAUUCACUAGAACCCCCUUCCAUCAGGCUCCCAGAUUCAGGAUCAGGAGCUUUGUGUUGGUUCCAAGCUAGGGAGCAGUCAAACCAGUGGCCCAGCUGAGCUGUGCUUUUCUCCUUAGGAGCAUUUGGAAGUUGCUGGGUGGUUGUGAAGGUCACAGUCCCCGAGUGCUGCUGCUGGUGUUUUGUGCUUAGGAGUUGACCAUGUUAAAUGUCCUACACACAAGUAACUCUUUUUCAGAAGCCAGUGGCAUUCCUGUCUCUCUUGAGAGUCCUGGCCUGAUGGGGACCCCCUAUUCCUCACCUCCAUAAUCUGGCUGUCUUCUUCCUUUCUGGGGAGAUCUGGUAGUUACCACCUUGUUGCUUGGGUGUGUGAGAGCAAAGCUGAGUUCUGGUCGGCCUUGCAGCAGGAGAAGGAAGGCAACAUCAUCUACACCAUGUAUUAGGCCCAGGUGGGCUAUGCCAGGACUGGCGGGCUGAACUGCACCUGUGGGCAGCUGAUCCUUUCCUGCCUCUGCUCUCUCCCCUGUUUUUGGGUGAGGACCACAAGAAGGAAAGCUCAGAGAACAUCAAAGUCCUGGCCCAGGAGGCCAUGGCCCAGCAGGGCACCGUGAACAGGAUCUACCCAUCAGCUGCAGUGCCGGCAUCCUGCCCCUCCAGGUGUGUCCAUGGGUGGAGCCCGGCCCCCACCCAGCCCAAGUAGGCUUAUUCACAGCUCAUCCCCACAGCCCCUCGGUUCACAGCUCCCAGCAUGGCCAGCAUCUUACAGCAGCUCCAGGUCAUCAGUGACAUCCUCCUCAUUCCUCUUCGCUGGGGCCCCUCCAAGCUUGCUACUUAGAAGUUGGCCUUUAGUUUUUUAAGAUAUGUAAUAUGCUGACAUGGCCCAAAAUUGAAAAGUGCAACCAGUGAUGAGAAGUUCCUUGUGAAUGCUUCCAGAAAUACCCCAUGUGAUCUCUUUCCCUCUCUUUUUUUCCUUUGAAAGUGUGGCAGGCCUCACAUGAAGGUUAUUAUUGUUUACUUCAUUUAACAAUAUUUCUUGGUGAUCUUCCAUUUCAGUUCCUAAGGAGUGGCUUUAUUCCUUCCCAGCUGCCUCUCACUCCAGUGCAAAGUGUGCCUUAGGAGCAGGCCCUGAGGACUCCUACAGUGCUGACACAAGCAGUGCUGCCUUUGGGAGCCCCUAACUUCCCGCCUUGUCUCCCCUCAUGGUGGGAAAGGGGUUUGGUCAGCCAGCGGUGUCAGCAUCCCUGCCCCACACCCAUUGUCUACACCCAGUCUGGUAGCAAGGAGGCCACAGAGUGCAGCGAUUAGAACUGGGUGUGAGAGUGAGAGGCAGCUGGGCCCUAUGCUGAGUCAUGUGCAUGGAAUCCUGACUGUCAGCAAUUAGGGAUCUUUUUGCUUUUGGGAGGGAAGCACUUGUUUGACAGGUCUCAAUAAGGCACAGAGCCUGAUCUGUCCAGAGUGGGAGUUUAACCAAGGUAGAGCGGGAGUCAAGGGCCCUGGCCCAGUCUGACACCCACCUGCCCUCCCACCUUCUCAGCCAGAAGACUAGGAGAAUCUGAUAGCAGAGGUGGUGCAGCACCACCAGCUCCAGGAGUCCAGUAAAACAGGGAUAGGGCAUUCUGGGAGGUCGAGGCAGACGGAUCACUUGAGCUCAAGAGUUGGAGACCAGCCCAGGCAACAUGACAAAACCCCAUCUACAAAAAAGUGCAAAUACUAGCCUGGUAUGGUGGUGUGACCUGUAGUUGCAGCUACUCAGCAGGCUGAGGUGGGAGGAUCGCUUGAGCCUGCGAGGUCCAGGCUGCAGUGAGCCAUGAUUGUGCCACUGCACUCCAGCAUGAGUGAUAGAGUGCAACCCUGUCUCAAAAAAACAAAAAAAAACAGAGCUAGGGCUGAGGAGCCUAUGGCCACUGAGCCUGAGCCAGUGAAACUGAGCCAGUGAAACUGAGCUCUCUGCCCUGUGGCUGCCAAGGAACCUUAUUCCUUGAGCUUGCAGGGGUCAAGAGGUGGGAGAGACAGACGGAUAGUCAGCGGCCGUUAUCAGUGAUUCGGACUCCAGGAGAAGGGGCAGGCCUCUCUCCCAUGUGCCACCCCUACCUUCCUCCUGGGACUCCAGCCUGAAUGCCCCACUAAAAGAUGCUUUUGCACUGAUUCAGUUAAUAUGUCAUUCAAAGGCCCAAUUGAAGUCCCAUGAAUGGUUAAGGGGCCCCUCCAGCUCCCCAUUUUUCCCUCAGGCUCCCCGUAUUACACUCCAGCAGGGGUGUGGAGUACAUCCAUGGCCAAGAGUAUUGGUCUGUCCUUCCCAGCCUGUACAUCAUGCCAAGACAGUGGUGAGUGGAUGAUGUGCAGAUGGGAUUUCUCAGCUCAUCUGUAUGGUUGACAUUAUGGCUGCUGCUUUUACUGCCACAACUCCCAGGCCCAACCUGGCUCAAUGUCUAAGUUGUAAGCCAAAAAAGAUGGGCAGCCAGGGCUCUGUGGCAGGGUUGGGGGUUGGGGUGCACUUUAGUUUUGUGGCAGGUUGAAGUCUGCAGUGGUUUUAUUUAUCAUGAUUGGCCUGGUGGUAGCUCCAGGCUGAGGGGGACUGGUUUGUCAGUGGUGGUCCCCUAGAUGUCCCUGUGCCCAGCCUGGCCUGUUUGCCCUCAAGCCCAGCAGGAGGUGCUGCCACAGGCUGUGACUGGCCUCCCUGCUCCCUGUACCCCAGAUGGACAUAACGUUGGGGUCUACAGUCUGAAUAUAUCAUUCUCCCCAUUUUAACCUGAGCUGCCUGACACAGGGAGGGUAGGGGGGGUAAGGGGACCUGGGGAACCAGGGCCGAAUCAUGGAUCUUGGGGAACAGUUACAGACACAGGUGGGGUUGUCACCUCUCUGUGGAGCCUUGCUCCAUGCCACACAGCACCUUCUUAAGAGACUAGCUCUGGGGGUGGCAGGCAACCCCACAGGCCAUGGUUGCACCCUCUCUUCACCUGUCUGUGCCUGCUGUCAAAGCCCAGACUGAGGGAGGAGAUUCUACCCUGUGAGCCCUAGAGAGUCACAUUCAGCUGUGACCUCGGCCUGGGGCUUUACAGAGAGCUUCUUAUGGGUAUAGUGUCACCAGACACCUUGUUUCAGAGGGGGUGGGCAUUGCUGGCAAGUGGAGCACCCCCACAGCUGAUGAGGAACUUUUUCUCAUUUUUGAACCAUCAUGUCUUCAUUUCACAUUGGAAUAAAGUGAGGUUUUGGAACCUGCUGCCCCAGUCUUACUGGAUUGUGAGGGCUGUGGUCAGGUUACUAAGAGAGGAAUCUGUAUAAAUUAGGUCAAAUUCAAGGUUAUGCUUGUUAUGUCACCUGAGUGGGAGGUAAAAGGGUGGAGUCAUAGGCACUCAGUUGGGGUUUACUUGGCCCAGUCACUAGACUCGGGAUUGUGGCACAGGUGAACAUCCCGUCAUUGGUGACAGAAGAAAAAAGGCUGGAGUGAAGGCCGGGUCGGGGAGGGGUGCCAGGUUGUGCAGCCAGGCCCGAGGCAUGCUGGACCUAUUAGGUCACUGAACAUUUGACUGGGCACGUGCCCCUGUCCCUUCACUUGAGGUGGGAUUGGCAGCACUCCCUAAAUGGCAUGAGUGCCGGGAGAGUGGAGGAGGACCUGACAUUUGCCAUCCUGGGGUAGGUUUUAGAGAUCACUAGAUGCUUGUGGAGAGCUAAUGAGAUGGGAAGAAGGCAGCCCACCUCAAUGGACCUGAGGAACAGCGCCUGCGAAGUAAGAAGCGGGUGUGUGGAGGUGGCCUGUCUACAAGUGGGCAAGUUUAAGGCUCAUUGCAGUGGCACUGUUGUUGGAAAAGGGUUUAUAAAGUCGGGAAGAAUCCACACUGAGACAGUGGAUCACUCAGCAAGCCUAGUUUUACGUCCUGCAGGAACGGUGCAACUUGCUGGCAGUCUUGCCAUGAGAGCACAUCUGAACAAGGGAGACAGGGACAUUUAUAACUUUCAUAACGUGACACAAUCGCCCUACUGCUAUGUCCAAUUUCCAUUGGCCAGAACGGGACCUCACAUUCUAUGCUUGAUUCAAUUGGCUAAAAUCUUGGAAAUUUUCUAAAGAGGUAAAGGCAGAGGAGAACAAAGGAAACGAGGAAGUAACAAGGAAUGCUUAGAGAAGCGAUAACAUUUUCAAAUAAGGAAGGGGAAUAAGCUAUAACCUAAGACGUGCCUGGGCUUGUCCAGGCAUAUCAGGGCAAAUAUUUAGGUUAAAGUGUAAGAACUAGGAACACAGGAUGCACUUGCUUCUUUAUUAUGACUAACAGCUACUUUAUUAGCAAAAGCUUUAAAGUAAAUUAACCUUUGAAGAAACGUAUAUAUUUGUAAUGAACUAAGGGGAAAGCUUUGAAGAGGAACCUUUCAUUUAUUCUUACUUCCUACAACUCUCAGCUCACUGCAGCUGGUGGCUGCUGCCAGGCCAUCCCUCUCCAGAGCAGGGAGGACCUCAGCCUCACAUAUAAUUGAAUGCCUUUUGGGAUGUUUGGAUAGUCCUUUCUUACUGGGAAAUUCAGAAAAGAAAAAAAAAAUUCCAAUCCUCAUGUCUGUUAGUUUCCCUGAGCCAACUGAUAAAAGAUGUUCCUGACCACGAGAUUUUGAGUGACACCCAAGGGAAGCCACCAGUGCCUUGGCCACUGCAUGCUCCUCAAACCCCCAGCAGUUCCCUCUGCAGUCUCACAGUUGUCUUGAGCAGUGGAGUAAGGUGUGGUGAGAGAGGUGCUAAGGGAUGGGAUGAGGGCCUUUCCUGUGUUAUUAAAACGGUUAAAGAGUUGUUUUAGACCAGGCCCAGUGGCACAUACCUGUAAUCCCAGCACUUUGGGAGGCCAAGGCAGGUGGAUCUCGAGAUCAGGAGAUGGAGACCAUCCUGACUUACACAGUGAAACCCCGUCCCUACUAAAAAUACAAAAUAUUAGCCCGGCGUGGUCGCACGCGUGUAGUCCUAGCCACUCGGGAGGUUGAGGCAGGGAAUCCCUUGAACCAGAGAGGCGGAGGUUGCAGUGAGCCAGUAUCUCGCCAAUGCACUCCAGCCUGGGUGACAGAUGGAGACUCCCUCUCAAAAAAAAACCGUUGUUUUAAAGGUGUCCAAAUGCCGUCCUUCUUAAACUUAAUUAGCUAAUAAGAUGCCUUAUACAAGCAGAACCAGGUAAGGGAAAGCAAGUGCAUUUCAAGUCGCGGCUUACCCCAAGAUUAGCUAUAAUGCCCUCCGCAGGUGGCCCCACCUCAAUGAGCCGGUCUGCCAUUCAAUACAAAUGAAAUGAAAUGAUGAGGGGCAGGGAGGGCCUGGAGCUUUACCCAAUCAGGGGCGCUGGAGUGGAAAUCGUCCAAUCGGGAGCAGCCUGAGAGCAGGAACGGCUUCCUGAUUUGGCGGGGGCGUUUGUCCACUACGGUCAGAGCUCGGGUCUCCUCCCCGCGGCAGCUAGUCCUUCGAUCUGAGAGGCCCAGGUGGCUUCGUGUUCUGAGAAUAAACAGAGCCUCUGUUGCUCUCUGUGACCUGCAGGCACUGGGAGAUCUGUAGCUAAGACGCCAGGACAUCCCGGAAGCUGGGAAAUGGUGAAUGUGCCAGCGACUGCUGACAUUCAGGGAUGUGGCCAUAGAAUUCUCUCUGGAGGAGUGGGAACACCUGGACUCAGAUCAGAAGAAUUUAUAUGGGGAUGUGAUGUUAGAGAACUACAGAAACCUGGUUUGUCUGGGUCUUGCUGUUUCUAAGCCGGACCUGAUCACCUUUUUGGAGCAAAGGAAAGAGCCCUGGAAUGUGAAGAGUGCCGAGACAGUAGCCAUCCAGCCAGAUAUAUUUUCUCAUGAUACUCAAGCCCUCUUGAGAAAGAAGCAGAUAGAAGCCUCAUUCCAAAAAGUUAUAUUGGAUGGAUAUGGGAGCUGUGGACUUCAGAAUUUACACUUAAGGAAAGAGUGUGAAAGUGACGAUUAUCUGUCAUUUGGCCGGGCAUGGUGGCUCACACCUGUAAUCCCAGCACUUUGGAAGCUGAGGUGGGAGGAUCAUUUGAGGUCAGGAGUUUGAGACCAAUCUGGCCAACAUAGUGAUAAGUUAUCUCUACUAAAAAUACAAAAAUUUAACUGGGUGUGGUGGUAUACACCUGUAAUCCCAGGUAUUUGGGAGACUUAGGCAGGAGAGUUGCUUGAACCCAGGAGAUGAAGGUUGUAGUGUGCCAAGUUUAUACCACUGUACUCCAGCCUGGGCGACAGAGUAAGACUCUGUCUAAAAACAAAUUAUCUGUCAUCUACCGAUUCACAUAGACCUACUGAAGAGGAUGGGGAUUAAAAAGUCUGGAUCUCGGUGGCUCAAGCUUGUAAUCCCAGCACUUUGGGAGGCCGAGGCGGGUGGAUCACGAGGUCAACAGAUGGAGACCAUCCUGGUCAACAUGGUGAAACCCCGUCUCUACUAAAAAUUACAAAAAAUUAGCUGGGCAUGGUGGUGCGUGACUGUAAUCCCAGCUACUCAGGAGGCUGAGGCAGGAGAAUUGCCUGAACCCAGGGGGCGGAGGUUGCGGUGAGCUGAGAUCGCGCCAUUGCACUCCAGCCUGGGUAACAAGAGUGAAACUCCGUCUCAAAAAAAAAAAAAAAAGUCUGGAUCUAAGUCACUUUGAAAAAUGCUAUUUUGAUUGAACGCUGUAAGACUACACAAACAUUGUAUUCUGAGUAAUAUUUUAUUUUCCCACAAGGAUAUGAAUUAGCAAUUCUGAAACUAUUUUAUAUGUUAUUAUGUAAUAUAUGUAGGCUGUUUCUCAGUGUAAUUCACAAAAGUUAAAGGGUGAAUGCUAGAAUGAAUCUUGUGAUUCUAGCCUAAAGUUAGAAAUAUCAAUAUGAACCCAUGUCUAAUAUAUCUGGAUGGAUGGAUGGAUAGACAGACAGACAAACAGAUAGACAGGCAGAUGAUUCAGAGAUAGAGUUCCAAACUCUUGAGGGCCAAGAAGCAGUGACAUCUAGUAUCAAUGAAUACACCUAGGCCUACAGUCUUGGUUUCUAAACACCAUUCAUUAAAAGGAACCAAGGCUACAUGUAAAAAUGGAUAAUUCUAGGCUCAAGUUGGAAAAUACAAUUUGAGCUAGAGUAUCUUGUAAAGCCACAAAUCAAAAAGUGCUUAAUGCAAUUGAUGGGGACUUGUCAAAGGGUACCAACCUGAAAGACCUCCCAGUGGUCCAAGCUGCAACAGUAUGGGCAAUAAAUAAUGAUAACUUUGGAUUAUAGCCCAGAGAAUAAAGUAAUAUUCACACAUCUCUACUGACAUAAAAGCAAUUAAAUUAAUAAGGAAAGAAGGAAGGAUAUCUUGCAAUAUUCAAAAUACAAAUCAAUGUAAUUGGAUAAUGCGAAAUAACACCAAAACAUACCAGUAAUAAUUACUGUAGGCAGCAUUCCCUGAGGGAUUCAAACAUUUCAGGAAACACUUAAACACUAAAGAGUAUAUUUGGGCCAGGCACGAUGGUGCAUGCCUGUAAUCCCAGCACUGCAGGAGGCCGAGGUGGGUGGAUCACCUGAGGUCAAGGAGUUCGAGACUAGCCCGGCCAACAUGGUAAAACCCCAUCUCUACUGAAAAUGCAAAAAUUAGGUAGGCGUGGUGGCAGGCACCUGUAAUUCCAGCUACUUGGGAGACUGAGGAAGAAGAAUCGCUUGAACCUGGGAGGUGGAGGUUACCAUGAGCCGAGAUUGUGCCAUUGCACUCCAGCCUGGGCGACAAGAGUGGAACUCUGUAUCAAAAAAACAAGAAGUAUAUUUUCAUAUUCUAAGUGUCUAUUGUCCAAUAUUUACUAGUACCUUUUUUCUUAAUUUCUUAGACUUAUGACUAUUUGAAACAAAUUAUAACACUGUAUUUGUAUUGCUUUGAAAAGGGGUGAAGUUUAUACGGGUCUAUUUAUUUGUCUAAAAGUUCCAGUUAAGGUUUAUGCCUUGUAAAGUAUGUACAUCUUCACAAAAAAUAUCUUUAAAAAGUUAAGUGGGUGGGGGUAGGGAAAGGGCUGACAUACAGAUGAAGCAGAAGUGAUACAUGAUUAGUAGUUGAAUCUGGGUGACAGGUCUAUAUACUAUUUUGUUUUUAUGUGUUUCAUAGCACUUGUACAUGUGCAGUAUUCAUUUACAGUGUUUUCUCAGGAUCUUGUUUACCUUUGGACAGGGAGGAAGGGAGAAAGUUACUUUCUGGGCAAGAGUAAAGCUAGUUCCACUCCUCAGUUAUGUAAAGUCCUCUGUUAUAAUCUAUAAAACUUCACAUGAAUGUUUCUGUAUGCAUGUUGUAUAGCAAUAAAAAGUUAAAUAUUACAUAUUUGCACAACAAUCCUAACUCUCUCAGAAUAUUGUUAGUGUUUUCUUUUGUCAUAAAGUGGAAUAGGAUCUCUCGUGGCAUUAUCAGAUGGGUUUGAAUAUUCUAAAGUAUCAACGUCCUGAUCUUUUGGACACCUCUUGGGUCUUUCCAUUUUUGCCUUAAUUUGGUAAGUGGCAUGGUUUUGAUUUUUUGAGAUGAAACUUUUCGCAGCAAAGUCUUUUCCCCACAGUGACGCUCUGAAGGCCAGGACACCUAGCACAGGACCCUGGGCACAGUCUGCACUCGGUACAUGUGGAGCAUGUUGAUCAGCAACAAAAGGAGUAGCAAAGGUCAGUUCCUGUGAAAGAUGAGUAGAUUUAAUACAGGUAUGACUGAAAGGCUGCAACUCAGGGGUAAACAUUUUAUAUUCAUUCAAGAGACCAUUUGCAACUAGUACACCAAAAACAUUUGGCUUAAAGCAGUAGUUUGGGGGCUUGGCUACACUGUGUAAUCCCCUGGAGAACUUUAAAUAAUACGGAUGUCUGGGCCCUACACCAGGGAUUUUGAUUUUAUUGGUCUGUUGCAAUUUGGGUUUUGGGAAUUGUAAAACCCCUACAUGUGACUCGAUAAUGUGGAGUUAGGGGUGAGACCCACUGUUUCAGGGUGAGGGAUGCAUUAGUUGUGUGUGAUUUCCAUGUGUGCUGCAGAUAUUUGCCCUAUGACCACUCCUGUGUUUGGAGUCUUGGAAAGGGCAGCAGGAAGAAAUAUUUGUCUACCCAACUGUUUUAUAUCACUUGCUUUUAGAGUAAGAAGUUAUUUCAGGCACAGUAAUUUGGUUUAAUCUUUGUUGAAAGCAUAAAUAAUCUGAAAAUACCAAAAUGAAAAGAAUUUGCAAAUGUGAGAAUUUGCAAAGAUGUGGAGUGUGUUCUUGUGUGUUUUCCAAUUUCUCUGAUGAUGAAAAAUGAAUACUGUUGGGCCUUGAUGUCCUAAGCUCAGUUCUCAGACACUUUCUCAGAUUAUUUGAAGACUUUCCAAGUUGCUUCAGAAGCAUUGUUCAAAGGAGAUUAUUAUCAGUAGUGAAGAGCAAUAGAUGGAUGAGAAUGUGUAAGGAAUCCUGCUUCUGUCACAGAAGUGGCACUCUCCAGAACCUCAAGGGCCCACGGAGUUCAUAGGUUUGGAGUCAGGCAGAGUUGACCCUGAGUCCCAUCCAAGCCUCUUAAUAGACUGGUUACUUGACUUGGAACAGUUAUACAAGAAGAGACAUAAUGAUACUGAUUGCAGGAAUGGGAACAAUUCAUUCCUCUCUCUAUCCAUGCCCUUUGAAAUGUGUGCUUUUAGCUACUCCCAAUGAGGGAAAGAUUCUGUUUACCCAAUACGUGGCUCUGACUGGCCUUACUUGCUGUGGCCAUUGUUCUAGUGCAACAAUUAGGCAUGUUUUACUCCUCAUUCUAGUCUUUAUUCAAUUAAUAUUAACAUGAUAUUUUAUGAAAUUUUAUUUCUUCUGUAUUUGGCUGUAUUUAUUCUGCUCGGUAUUCUAGUUCACUAGUCCUCUUAUCAUCCCUGUUGAGUUUAGUGGUGAACCUGUACAUUGUCUAAUAACUUCAUUUUGUAUUAUUCACAUUCUAUUGGGCUGUUGUACAAAUGUGGCUUUUAAACUUUAGUUUCUUGUUCUUUCCACAAAAAUAAAUGUUGAUUUUCUA